CGGCAGAUCGACUGGCACAACAAGCUUUACCUGGCGCCGCUUACAACCGUGGGCAACCUGCCGUUUCGGCGCCUCUGCAAGCGCCUUGGUGCAGAUGUCACGUGCAGUGAAAUGGCCAUGGCUUCAUCUCUGCUACAGGGAUCCUCGUCUGAUUGGGCCCUUGUGCGGCGACACGAGUCUGAAGACUUGUUUGGAAUUCAGAUCUGCGGGAACCAACCCGACAUGUUGGCACGCUGUGCCGAGCUGUUGAGUGAGGAAACAGAUGCCAGCUUCAUUGACUUGAACUGCGGUUGUCCCAUUGAUCAAAUUUUCCAAAAAGGCUGUGGCAGUGCUCUGCUUGCCCGACGCCAGCGUCUCAAGGACAUUGUGCAAGGCAUGCGUGUUUGCUCCAAAAUCCCGAUCACGGUCAAAGUGCGGACUGGCGUCCACGGCGACAGGCCCACGACGCACAAGAUGGUUCACGAGAUGCGCAGCUGGGGCGUCUCAGCUCUGACGAUCCACGGACGCUCGCGCCAGCAGCGGUACACCAAAUACGCCAAUUGGGAUUACAUCAAGGACUGCGUCGAAGCUGCUCCCGAUCUUCCCAUUUUUGGGAACGGCGAUAUCCUUUCCUGGGAGCACGCGGUGCAGCAUCAGGCCAGCACGGGGGUCUCGGGGGUCAUGCUCGCUCGGGGUGCGCUCAUCAAACCGUGGCUCUUCACGGAAAUCAAGGAGCAGCGGACAUGGGAUAUCUCAUCCAUGGAGCGCUUUGAGCAGCUGCAAGAAUUUUGCAAAUACGGACUCGAGCACUGGGGGUCUGAUCACGCGGGUGUUGAGCGGACUCGCCGCUUUUUGCUGGAAAUGCUCUCUUUCACAUGCCGGUACAUUCCUGCUGGAUUACUGGAGGUACUGCCGCAACACAUGAACGACCGACCCCCCGUCUUCACGGGCCGCAAUGAUCUCGAAACGCUGCUCUCCUCACAACGGCCGCACGACUGGGUGAAGAUAUCGGAGAUGUUGCUGGGCCCCGUCCCGCCGGGCUUUUUCUUUGAAGCCAAACACAAGGCCAACUCAUGGGGCUAA